AUCGCACCAGACCGAGCAGUCAGUUGUCGGUUGGCUUUCGUCGCGCGAAAGUGUUUUUCUUUUCCAAACGAAAAGUAGUUUGGUCCGUUUUUCGUGGGAAUAGGGGAAUCGUCGAGCGCGUUCGGACGUUAUUCUUUGUUUUGGGGAAAACCACGUGGCAUUCGAUUUUUGAUCUAUUUUGAUCAAAUUAUAUGGAUUACUGACGGUUAAUGAGGAAAUAGAUUAAUCAUCGAGAGCAUCGUUCUGUACCGAAUCCCUGGCCGUUAUUCGUAUCAUCAACGUCGACGUCGUCGGAUCGUCGUGGCUUCAGCAGUUCACCCUCAAACGCGGGUGGAUUUUUUUUUCGGUGGAAAAUUAUCGAUUAUUCUAGAUCCAGUCGUCUGGGAUUGCUGAGAAAAACAUUGACUAGGAAGCGUGCUUAAGAUUCAGCGACCUGCGGGAAAGUUUUCGUGCGAAAUAAUUAUUCUAGAUAAAAAAAGUCGUAAAAAGUCGAUUGGUCACGAGAUCUAUCAGGUCGUUCUGACCUUGGUUCGUUGUAUAGAGUGUGAAUUACGGAUCGGCACGUCAUCACCGGCGGUACUCGAUUGUGAAAAGAGAGUGAGAAAAAUUCAAAUCGGUUUCAAUUGUUACAUCGCAACUAAACUGCUCGUAUCGUUCAGUGCGCGUUUUCCACCUGUUGCAGCUGGUUGGCUUCGGAUAGCUGUUUAGGCCUCAUUUGUAGAACAAUCUGUAGUAUGCGACAAUCGCAGUAAGCUGUGUGACGGUUGAACUACUAAUUAAGCCAGCAGCCAUGGGUUACUACGAUCGCUGUGUGAAAUUACUUAAAAAUAAGUUGAAGGCAUGCGCGUUUUGUGUGUUGCUUUGCAUGGCCAACUUGAUCGAUAUAAGUGAAGCGCGCAAGGUGGCCACCGGUCGCGUCACAAAGCCAACGGCUAAUCGAGGCUACGCCAGUGCGGACAUUGCUAAACUGAGUUACACGCCCAAUCACGCAGCCGUGCCGGCAAAGCCUGCGGCGCCUCCAGCCCAGCAAACGCCAAUCGGUUGGAAUGUGCACAACAAUGCACCUCCACCGUACUCGGCCGCUUCAAACCAUGGACCGCCUCCACCGUACUCCGCACAACCUAACCCCAAUCUGAACAGUAGAUUCAAUGAGCAACCUCCGUCGUACGCUCAGAGCAAUCCAGGAUUCCCACCGGCACCCAACUAUCAGAGCAACCCGGGAGCGUUCGGAACAGGAGCGGUCACCGGAGUUGUGGCAGGAAGUGCCUAUCGUCCACAUGGGCACAACUACUCUUCGGGAGGACUGGGAGGAGGUUUUCCUGGCGCACCAAAUCAGGGAUAUCCCCCUCAACCUGCACAAGGUUUCCCAGGAGCACCUGUGGCCCAACCUGGAGGUGGAUAUCCAGGUGCGUCAAUUGCCCAGCCAGGCGGUGGAUUCCCUGGUGGAUAUCAACCUAGUUUCCAACCUGCAGGCUAUCCCCAACAACCCGGCUAUCAACCUGCUCCAGGUGGUUUUGGCCAGCAGCCCGGAACGGUCAUUCACCAUUACGAACAACCGUCUUCCGGUGGUGGUGGCGGAUUGGGAACAGUUCUUGGUGCCGGCGUUGUUGGUCUAGCAGCUGGUGCCGGCGGCGCCGCCAUCUACGAUGCCUUGAAACCCAAAGAUGAAGCUAAGGAAGCCCAUGCGGAAGCAACUCCUACAACGACAACCACCACAACCACCCUUGCUCCCAUCAACCCCAACGGCGAAGCACCGCUGGCACCACUACCUGCGAAUCCCAACCCCGAAACACCCCUAGCUCCGAUGCCAGUUGUCCCCCCGAAUCCCAACGGUGAAGCUUCCCUGGCACCAAUGCCCGUAACCGAAGCAACCGGGUCAACUACGACCUCCGAUGCGACCACAACCGAAAACCCACUCGGAUCCGCUCCGCUAGCAUCGUUCCCGGUCGCUGCUGAAACCGCCAACACAACUUCCGCCGAAACCAGCAGCGCCUCCCCAGCUUCAACGGUAGCCGUCGAAGCUCCGAAUGCCGCCCUCAACGUUCAGCAGAACCAGGUGGCUCCCGUCGCACCAACAGUGGCCUCCCAACACAGUGAAUCCGCGGGAGGCCAAGUGCAGCUGACCCUUCUGACACUUCUAGCUCCGGUGAUUUGUAAAUUUUUGUUGUAGUUUGUAACGUGAGAAGAUGAAAUCCUGGCGAUUACACAUCGAGUCAAAACUAGGAUGAUUUUGAAUCAUUCCAAACAGACAAUCAGGCUGAGUCAGUUAAUCGAUAGUAUUCGGAACAACCAAUUGGUUCUUAGGGUUUGUGUGUCGUCAAGCGAGCCGCCGCCAUUUGUAACUUGUGAAUUACCUUUGAGCCAGACGUUGUGCCUUAGAGUAUAUGAUUGGAUCAUAUUUUUGUUGAGAUAGAAUAAGUUUAAAAUAAACAGAACCACAGUUGAUAUUUA